UGUUCUCGUGUAUGUUGAAUGAUGCAUUGAAAGAUCUCCGACCUGGCAUCCAAGUCCAGUUUAGAUCGAGUGGUGGUAUUUUCAAUCUUCGACGACUGAAAGCCAAAACAAUGGUUUCUGACGUGAUAGUUCGGGACCUAUUGUUUGCCGAUGACUGUGCAGUCUGUGCUCAUACGUUUGAUGACAUCCAAUGUAUCAUGAAGUGCUUCAAUAGAUCUGCAGAGCGUUUUGGUCUUUCAAUCAGUUUGAAAAAGACCCAUGCGCUUUUCCAACCUAAGCCUGGAGGCAGUCCAGUUCCUCCACCAAUCAUGGUGGGUGAUCACCCCCUUACGUAUGUCCAAAAUUUCAUCUAUCUCGGUAGCUCUUUGUCAGUUGACACCACACUUGCCACGGAAGUGUCCUGCAGAAUUUCAAAAGCUAGCUCAGCUUUUGGCAAGCUUUCCAGGAAGCUGUGGAAUAGACAUGAUAUUAAGCUGACGACCAAAAUAUCUGUAUACAAAGCAGCCAUCUUACCAACUUUAUUAUAUGGCCGUGAAUCAUGGACACUGCUCCGUCGAAAUUUUGCUGUGCUUAGCAGCUUUCACAUGAGAUGUCUUCGUCGGAUCUGCGGUAUUAAGUGGGAGGAUAUGGUUCCAGACACAGAGGUACUUUCUGUAAGCAAUAUGUGUGGUCUGGAGUACUACCUCCUUAAAUGUCAAUUUCGUUGGGCUGGUCACGUUGUCCGAAUGUCCGAUACAAGAACUCCCAAACAACUUUUUUAUGGGCAAUUGGGAGAAGGGGCGCGACACCAGGGAGGUCCAAAGCUGAGAUUUAAAGACUCUCUAAAGGCUAACUUGAAGAAAUGCUCCAUCAACCCUUCCAGUUUUGAGACCCUUGCAAAAGAUAGGGCACUGUGGAGGAACCGUUGUCAUAAAUGCAUUCAAAGUUUUGAGGAAAGUCGUCUGAAAGCUGCUAGAGCUAAGAGACAGUGUCGCAAAGACCAGCAGCGACUCCACCUUCAACAAGUUCAACAGCAACAACAUCUGCAACAACUACAAUCAUCACAUGUCAGUCCUUCUUUUCGUUGUCUGACAUGUGACUUAGUGUGUCGCUCAAAAGCAGGACUCAUGUCUCACAUGCGACACAAGAAACAUUAAAGAGUCAUCACUGAAAUCAGUGGACAUACCAUCAU